CAGAAGAGAACAGAACAGAGAGUAGAGAAUACAGAGGAAAAGCAAAGAAGAGAGAUCCCAUGAAGUCUUGGAAAUCUCCAUUGCUCCUGUUGUGCCUCUCGUGUUUAAUCUUCUCGUCGCUUCACGUUCCGGCUUCUUCUCAACGUUUCUCAGGACGACACAGAUCAAUCGUCGCGCGUCGAGCUCUCCUCAGCUUCAAGGAGACUCCAAAGGGUAGUAACGCCUCCUACGAUUGCUCUCCUUCUGGGGCUUGCGUUCCCUGCCUUUAUUCCGAAAAGAAAGAUGAAAAGUACCGCUGCAGUGAGACUGGAUAUCGUAUCCCUUUGAAAUGUGUAGAGAUAGGGGAUAGUAAGGUUGUUAGUGGCAAAAAAUCUCAGAAGGGCCGCGUGGCGAUGGAAACUCUUCGUAAGAAAGGAAAGGAACUUGAUAUGCUGCAUGAAGAUGCUGAGCGUAUUAAGUCGAUGAGUGGCAGAGCUUUACUGGAUGACUCGUCCAAAUCAGAAGAUGGGCAUGGAGAAUACCUCACUUACAGAAGCUGUAUACCAGCUGUAAAUGAGGAGAAGCUGUCAGUCAUUGGGUUUGAGGUCAUCCUAUUAUGUCUGUUACUCUCGAGCGGCUCAUUUAUCUACCUCAGGAAAAAACGUUCUGUCACUACAAUGCCAGGGGUCGCAGCAGUAAGGAUCCCAACAAAUUCUAGAUUUUAGGUCACAUAGUUGGUGGCAUCUUGAGGCGUGUCCCAUAAGUAACUGACAUGUCAAAAACUAGAAGUUCCCACAAGUUGUGUGCGAUUUUUGUAUGCACUUGGUAUCUAGCUGAUGGCAGGUCUGUGCAUGAUCUGUGAAUGAUUCGACAUGAUGGAGUGGAACAUAUUUCCGCCGGUCAUUCUUGCAGAUUUCGUCCAGCCUUUUGAGCAUGAGGACACAGUAAGCUAGCCAAACAGCAGGAUAUAAUAGUGCUUUGAGGCAAUUUUACGUGUUCUCUCCAGUUUUUUGUAAGUUCUUCCAGCGUUCAGUUUCUGCAGUGUAAAAACCCUUUGUAAAGAUGGAAAGUACUCAAUUGCAUGAGCAUUUGUGGUUUGGACUUUGGGAUCCUACAAGCCUGACUUGUUAAGUGGAAUUUUUAGCUGCCUUUCUUUUCCUGAGUUCUUACUUUUUA